AUGCUUCCAGUUUUGAUGGUACUCGCGGCGCUGCCGUCGGUGAUAUCGUCGCUCUCAUCCACGCACAGCCGUCAGCGCCGCGUCGUCCAGCAGCCCGGCCUGAUCCGUUUCCCCAUCACGGUAUCCGAAGCCCCCAGGGGCGCGUCUCGUCGUGUUCGCCGGCAGAAUACGGCCGGUCUGGCCAGCCGAAGCACGGGCUUCUUCUACACCAUCGACAUCGUCAUUGGCACGCCGGGGCAGGCUGUUCCCGUGAGCUUCGACACGGGCUCUUGGGAGCUUUGGGUCAACCCAAGCUGCAGCAACUCGACCGAGAAGGAAAUCUGCGAGAGCCUCCCGAGAUUCACCCAGUCUUCAACACUAGUGGACACAAACCUGACGGGCGAGGUCAGGUAUAGCGCUGGCUACGCAAAGUUCAAGUACGUGUCUGACCACGUGGCCGUUGGAGAGGCAAAACUCGACCAGCAAGUCUUUGGCGUGGCGUACGACACCUCGGUGUUCGCAUACGGCAUCUUUGGCGCAGGUCCUUCGGCCCAGGGCUGGGAGUCUGCGUUCCCCCACGUCCUCGACUCGCUGGUGAGCCAGAAGCACAUGCAGAGCCGCGCGUUUAGUCUUGAUAUUCGGCCCAUCGACAGCCCUCUCGGGGCGGUCAUCUUUGGCGGCAUCGACACCAGGAAGUACACGGGGCCUCUCGAGAAGAGACCCGUUACCACGGGGCCGAACGGCAGCGUUGGCUACUGGAUCUUUCUUGACGGGCUGUCCGUGUCCCGAGAAGACGGGUCUCGGAUCCCCGUCUUCGACCAAACCGCGGAGCCGCUGCGGGCUCUGCUCGACAGCGGCAAUACGCUGACGCACUUGCCGCGAUCCAUGGUGACGGAGAUUCUCAAGGCGUUUCCCUCUGCGCGGCAAGACCCAAACGACGCCAAGCAGUACAUUGUGGACUGCGCGGCGGCGAGCCUCGCGGGCACCGUCGACUUCCAGUUUGGGAGCACCACCAUCAGGGUUCCGUAUGACGAUUUUCUGUGGAAGCAGCCCCAGCACAACAUAUGCGUCUUGGGAGUCUCGCCAGACGACUCCUUCUUCGUGCUGGGCGACACGUUUCUCAGGGCCGCCUACGCCGUCUACGACAUGGACAACCGGAACGUCUACGUCGCCAGUGCCGCUGACUGCGGCACUCAUCUCGUCCCCAUUGGCAGGGGAGAAAAUGCCGUCCCCGUCUUGGACGGCGAAUGUCCGCCUCGAGUGACUUCUGCCAAGGCGUCGACGGCGUCGUCACCCGUCCAGCCGACCACAAGGCCGAUUGUCAAGACGACCGCUGCGUCCUCCAAUGUGUCGGCGGCUCCGUCGUCGUCCUCCGUCGCGUCUGCGCCCGUCUCGGCCGCUACUACGUCUCUGGGUUCGUCCCUGGCUGCGUCUUUUGAGAUGUAG